AUGAUUUAAUAGUAAUUAGAUAAUCAACCAUUCAAAUUCUCAACAAUCAAUUUUUCUAAUCCCAACUCUUCCUUUCAUAAAUAUGUUAAAGAUGAAGCACAAACAUAAUAAAUGCCAGAAUCUAGAAUAGAAGUAUGGCAUAGAGCUUCUAUUUCAACAGAAGAAUCGUAGGAGGAUUCAGAAUCGUAAAAAAUUAUUAAGAAAGGAAAGAUCAGCAAAACUAAAGAUAAAGAUCAACCACAACCUUAGAAAUCUGAGACUAAAAACAUUCCCAAAAAUUUUGGAGUCCUCCUAAAGAAAUAUUUAUGUAGUAAAAAUACAGAUAAUUAGGCUAUCAAAGCUUUCUUAAAGAAUGGAGAACACAAGAAAAACUUCUCAAGACAAGACUUUACUAGGUUGUUUAAUGAUCCCGUUGCAGCAGAAUUAUCUAGACAAUAUUUUUCUGGAUUUUAAAUUAUACACGACCUCAUGAUAAGUGAAAAAAUUCAAGAUGUUAAGAACCAUAUGAAAUAUAUAAGUAAAUUUUAUAAUUCUACUUACAAUAAAUAAGAGCUAGACGAACUUAAAUUAUAAUGA